CUGCACUCCGCCGCUGAGUUAUCGUCGCUGUUGGGGCGGUGUCGGAGUUGCAUUGGGGCCAGCUAUAUGACCCGUCGUCUCACGGCAUCAACACACCUCAGACUGUUUUUUCGCUCGUCUUUCUGCCUCUCGGUCUCCGUUUGACCCAUGGCCGUCCAGUACUCCCGCCGUCCCCCGUCUUCGUCCUUCGACAGCGACUCUCACGACAUGAACAGAGCUCCCGGGAACUACCGCGAGCGCGAGCCCCCGUCCGACGACGACGACGACGCGGCGUCGGACAUGUCUGAGGACCUCGUCGAGAUCCCCAGCGAGGACAUACCCGACUACUUUCAAGAGCGGGGCGGACGACUCUUCCAUUCUCAUGGUGCCUCCCCGUAUCCGUUGCCCGUGGAUGCGGAGGAGCAACAAGUGAGUCGCGCACGGAACGCCCUCCUCCGUGUCCCGCCUGUCUCUCGACGUGCGGCCCUGGCUGCGGCUGAUGCUGGAAUUGCACAGAGACAAAACGGGCUCAAUACACUCCUUCGCAGGCUGAUCGGAGAUUUCUCUGUUGGGCCGGUGGGGGAGGUGCUGGCGGAUGCACUCGGCGAGCAGAGGCGCGUCUUGGAUCUCGGGACGGGGACAGGGCAGUGGUACGUCAUGCAUCGUGGUCGCGAACGAGCUCUCUUCUUCAUUGACUGCCGUAUUAAUAGGGUCCUUGAUAUGGCACGCGACUUCCCGCGCGCGAGGUUUUACGGCGUCGACAUAGGUUCGCUCCUCGUCCCUGCCGUAGUCCUCUCUGACAGACCCCCGCCAGUGCCCAUCGCGACCCGCUACCCGCCGCACAACGUCCAGUUCGAGAUGCACGACAUCAAGGAGGCCUUCCGCUUCGACUCCGCCAGCAUCGACUUCGUCCACGCGCGCAUGAUCAGCAUGGCGAUCCGUGACUACGGCGCCCUUCUCCCGGAGAUAGCGCGCGUCUUGCGCCGUGGCGGCCUCUUCGUCUCCAGCGAGUGGGGUCGCCGCCCCGUCAUGGUCGACGGCAGCGACCUCGCCGUCCGCGCGCCCCAAACCUCCGCGUUUUUCACCGCCGUGCGCGAGACCCUCCGCGAGCGUCGCGGCAUCCACACCGUCGCCCCGGGCAUCCCGCGGCUGCUCGAGGACUCGGGCUGCUUCGUGAACAUCGUGCCCCGCCGCUACUACAUGCCCAUCGGCGAUUGGCACACCGACCUGGAGCUGCGCGAGCUGGGCCGCGAGUACCGCGAGAUGGUCGAGCUCUACGCACGGUCGAUGCGCGCGGUCCUCAUCGAGGGUCGCUGGGCCGCCGACGCGGACGCCCUCAUCGAGGGUUACAUUCAAGAGACCUGGAGGGUCCGCGGGAUGGUUUCUGUCUACUAUACUGUGCACGCCCGCCGCGUCUAGGGGUGGUCGUGAUUCGCUGUCGCUACUACAUACACGCUGUUUUCACUGUUUCCUGUCGCUGUCGCUUUCGUGUUUCUGUUUUGCACCAUGCUUUCUUGUCGUUGUUUUCUGAUGUAUGCCCC